AAAAAAAGUAGAGAGGGCAGCACCGCGCGUGUAGACAAGGCGCACAUUUUGCGGCAGGCAGGCAUCGGUGACACCACUCGUUCACGGCUCCAAAACCUUCUUCCGUUGUCGUGAAUAUCUACUUCAAGUUUCUGCGAUGAAUCGCUACGUGUUUGCAUUGGUUGGCAUGGCUCUGCUGAUAGCAGCGGCCUCAGCUGCACCUGCCAAGGAAGCAGCAGCACCAGAGGAAGACAAGUCUCCUAUUCCCGCUGGCGGACUCCUGGAUGCCUUCAGAUCAGUUGGAAGCCAGUUUCAGCGCGUGGCUGACGGUUUCCCGCUGAGCUUCAACAACGCGGCCUCCCGCUUGCAGUCGUUUGCCGAAGGCUCCGGCGGUGACAGCGUGGGCAAGUCGGCCGGAGACGCGUUCCAGUUCACGAGGCAGCUGUUCAAGCCUCUGCGUAACGAGGACGUCCAGCCGCCCUCUUCCACUUCCUAGAUCGCGCACUCCAUUUGUCCACGAGGCAAAUGUGUAUCUAAACAUGAUCAAUCUAUAGGGCCUACCCCGCAUCUCGGGUGCCUGCCACUACAACUAUCCCAUAAAAGAAACUCAUUAAAUGACGACUACAUGA